AUGUACCAACAGUCGGCGCUGAUGCUGGACAACCCGGCCACCCGAGCCGCGAUGAUUUCCUUGGAGCCUCCAAAGCCCGACACGUUCAAUCGCAAGUGCAAGAUCAUCUGCACAAUGGGACCCUGCUGCUGGGACGUGGACAUGCUCACCAAGCUCAUCGAUCAGGGCAUGAAUAUUGCUCGCCUCAACUUCUCCCAUGGAGACCACGAGGCCCACGGCAAGACUGUCGGCCGAGUCCGCGAGGCUUCAAAGCUGCGUCCAGACAAGCCGGUGGGAAUCCUGCUGGACACAAAGGGACCCGAGAUCCGCACAGGCUUCUUCAAGGAGGAGCUUGCAGGUGGGAAGAUCAACCUGAAGGAAGGCCAGGACCUGAAGUUGGUGACAGACUACAGCUUCAAGGGAGACGACAAAACACUUGCGGUGUCGUAUGCGACACUGCCUACGGCCGUGAAGCCAGGUCAGAUCAUCCUCGCAGCGGAUGGAUCGCUCUCCUUGAGAGUCAAGAGCUGUGGAAGUGACCACGUCAUCACCGAGGUGUUGAACGACAUCGCCAUCGGCGAGAAGAAGAACAUGAAUCUUCCGGGGGUGAAAGUUGAGCUGCCGGUGCUUCAGGAGAAGGACAAGAAGGACCUCCUCGAGUUCGGCAUUCCUCAGGGCGUGGACUUCAUCGCCGCCAGCUUCGUUCAGGAUGCAGCAGACGUGAAGCUCAUUCGAGACACACUGGGAAUGCGGGGUCGUACCAUCAAGAUCAUCUCGAAGAUCGAGAACCAAGAAGGCAUCAACAACAUCGAUGAGAUUGUCAAAGCGACUGAUGGAGUCAUGGUUGCCCGUGGCGAUAUGGGUAUGGAGAUUGACAUCGAAAAAGUUGGCCUGGUGCAGAAGAUGAUCAUCGCGAAGUGCAACCUCAUGGGCAAGUUCGCUGUCACCGCCACCCAGAUGUUGGACUCGAUGGAGCGCGCCCCGAGACCGACCCGUGCCGAGGCCACCGACGUCCUGAACGCCGUGCUGGACGGCACCGAUGUUGUUAUGCUGUCAGGAGAAACUGCGAACGGCAAGUUUCCAGAGGCGGCCGUGAUGACAAUGCGCAGAAUCUGCGAGCAAGCAGAGGCAGUCAUUGACUACGAGGCCUUAUACCUGCGAAUGAGACUGGCAGUGUUGGAGACAGAGCAUGCCAUGUGCCCUGUUGAGUCCGUUUGCUCUUCAGCGGUGAAGACGGUUGUGGAUUCAGGAUGCAAGCUCAUCAUCUCCCUGACAGAGACGGGAAGCACCGCCCGAGUCAUCUCCAAGUACCGCCCAUCGGUUCCCAUCCUUGCGAUCACGGCCAGUGAGACCACUUUGCGUCAGCUUGUGGCGCACCGCGGAGUGGUUCCAAUCCUGACAGCUUCCUUCCAGGGAACAGACUCGGUGAUCAACAAGGCUCUCGUGCGGGCCAAGGAGCUGGGCAUGGUCAAGCCCGGAGACACGGUGGUGGCGAUCCACGGUCAGCGGGAGGAGUGCCCAGGUCAGUCCAACCUCAUGAAGGUUGUGGUGUGUCCUUGA